AUGCCAUCGAAGUGCCCUCGGACGAUCCGGUGCGUUUGGUGGGGCAAACAGAUACUUCCGAAGCCAGUCUUGACGAGAUCGCUCUCGAUACUCUCUCAUCUACUUGUAUCUGACCAUCAUGACGGGGCUUCUCAGGUCAAAGACUUUGCUGAUCAAGUGCCCGACCCUGCUUACACUUGGCCCUUUGAAUUGGACACUUUUCAAAAGCAGGCUGUCGUCCGCAUGGAGCAGCACGAGUCAGUCUUUGUCGCGGCACAUACUUCAGCGGGUAAGACGGUGGUUGCUGAGUAUGCGAUUGCGCUUUGCCAAAAGCACAUGACGCGCUGCAUCUACACCAGCCCCAUCAAGGCCCUCUCAAAUCAGAAAUAUCGUGACUUUCGGGAUCGGUUUGAGGAUGUGGGUCUCUUGACCGGCGACGUGCAGAUCAAGCCGGCAGCCGCCUGCUUGAUUAUGACCACUGAAAUCCUUCGCUCCAUGCUCUAUCGUGGGGCUGACCUGAUUCGUGAUGUUGAGUGGGUCAUCUUUGACGAGAUUCACUACAUCAAUGACAGUGAUCGCGGUGUGGUCUGGGAAGAGGUCAUCAUCAUGUUGCCAGAUCAUAUCAACAUUGUCAUGCUCUCGGCGACCGUUCCCAACACCUUUCAAUUUGCCGACUGGGUGGGUCGGACCAAGAAGCGUCAAAUACAUGUAAUCAGUACGGCUAAACGCCCCGUCCCCCUGGAGCACUUUUUGUACACUGGCAAUGAAGUCAACGCCACGGAGCAUUUUUACAAGAUUGUUAAUGCCUCCAAGCAGUUUGAGGAACUGGGUUACAAAAAAGCCCUCGAGAGCAAGAAGGCCAAAAAAUCAGGCAAAAAUUCGCAUCGUGACAACUUUGGGCCAAAAUCUCGUGACAAGGGAUGGGGACACAGCGACAAACAACUGUAUCAAACCCUUGUUCGAGUGCUUAAGAACAAAGACUUGCAGCCCUGUGUCAUCUUUACCUUUUCGAAAAAGCGCUGCGAAGACAAUGCCGAUGCCGUGCGAUCGCUCGAUCUGACGUCUCCCGAGGAAAAGAAUUUGAUUCAACACUUCUUUCGUCGUUCUGUGAAUCGAUUGGCGGGGACCGAUCGUGACCUACCCCAGGUGACUCGGAUGCGCGAUCUUUUGCAGCGCGGCGUGGGUGUCCAUCAUGGCGGCCUGCUGCCCAUCAUGAAAGAAGUUGUGGAGAUGCUUUUUGCCCAAGGUCUGGUCAAGGCAAGUGUGUUGUUUGCGACUGAGACCUUUGCCAUGGGUGUGAACAUGCCGGCGCGCUGCGUGGUGUUUGAUGCCGUCAGUAAAUGGGAUGGUCAAGACAAGCGCUCGUUAAUGGCUGGCGAGUACAUCCAGAUGGCUGGUCGCGCUGGUCGGCGUGGCCUGGAUCAGACAGGCACUGUCAUCAUCAUUUGCAAGGGGGACGUGCCUGAUCGCUCGGUGCUUCACAGCAUGAUGCUGGGCAAGCCGACAAAAUUGGAAUCGCGUUUCCGCCUGACCUACAACAUGAUUCUCAAUCUUGUUCGCGUCGAGGAGCUGCGGGUCGAGGACAUGAUUCGGCGCUCUUUCGGCGAGAUUACGACGCAGCAAAACUUUGGCGAGCGUGAGGACGAGUUGGAAGAAACACAAGGCAGGCUGGCCACCCUGGAUUCAGGAGAGAAGAAGAUGCCCGCCGACUUUCAGGAGUUUUACGAGCUCACAAGACUGUGGUCGAAUGAAUCAGGCCAGUCGCGCUCACUUUUUCUGGUGUGGCAUGCUCGUGGGCGCGAAUCUAUUCAGGGUUUGAAGGCCUUUUCCCUCGGACGCGUCGUGGUGGUGAACAGUGGCAGUUAUCGCAACGCCCUAGCUAUCGUUUUGGGGUGGUUUGAUAUUCAUACAGGCGAGAGCAUAUUUCAAAUGUUGGUCCUGGUCGAAGCACAGGGGAAGGAGCAGCCGGCCGAGCCUGGCGACCUUCUUCCACUGCCACUCACAAUUUUGGCAACGCCAGAGCGGGACUAUUGUCAGUCACUGGCCGUGGAGCUACUCAACUUGGCCCACAAAUACAACAAGGUGAUUGCACUCCUCUGCCAGCAUGCGGCAACAGGCAUCCGCCAGCGCCAGGGAAAGGGCGGGAGGUUGUCUGACAGGUCUCUUGGUUGCGUGGAGUCUGAGCUGAGCCACACUUAUGCGUCUGGCUUGCCUGUGGUCGAUAUCCAAAAGGAUUUGAAGAUCAAAGAACUGGCUCUGGUGGAGUGCAAUAGGGACAUUCAUCGGUUGCUGGAGCAAUUGCGGAACUUUCCUUGCACGGAACACCCCAACUUUGUACAGCUUUACGCUCACUACCACGAACGCAAGACGCUGGAGAAGCAGGUGCAAGAGCUGGAACAUAAGCUGUCCGAUGCUAACCUGCGUUUGUUGCCUGAAUAUGAGCAGCGCAUGCACGUUCUCGAGCGACUCGAUUACAUCAGCUCGGAGCAGACAGUUCUGCUCAAGGGGCGUGUGGCCUGCGAAAUCACCACAUGCGAUGAGGUGUUGGCCACAGAGCUGGUGUUUGGUAAUCACCUUAACAAUCUCGAGCCCGAAGAAAUUGUGGCGCUUCUCUCUGCGCUCGUGUUUCAGGAGCGGCGAGUCAGCGCGCCGACCUUGACAGGGCGCUUGGAGGCCAAUGUAGAGGUGAUCAAGGGCGUGGCGACACGCGUUGCCGAGACGCAAUUGGCGUGUGGAAUGAACACUCCCGUGGAUGAGUAUUUGGAAACACUUCACUUUGGUCUCGUGGAGGUGGUGUAUGAGUGGGCGUGUGGCAUGCCUUUUAAGCAGAUUACCGGUCUGACGGAUGUUUUGGAGGGUUCCAUCGUGAGAUGCAUCACGCGGUUGGAUGAGACUUGCCGCGACAUUCGCAAUGCGGCCCACGUUGUUGGCGAUCCCCGACUCUUUGAGAAGAUGCAAAAGGCCUCUGAUUUGAUUAAGCGUGACAUUGUGUUCGCGGGAAGCCUCUACACGGCCUAA